AUGGGCUUGAAAAAUACCAUUGCCCGAGAUAAAAAUUCCCCAAGUCAAGAUAGUGCAAAUGCCAUGAUCUUUUUGUGUCAUCACAUCGAUGAGGCACUGAAAAUGCAGUAUGUCACACUGGAAUCCCCACUUGAAUUGUGGGAGAGAUUGAAAGAAAUAUACGAUCAUAUGAGGCUGACUAUGUUGCCAAGGGCACGAAGCGAAUGGCAAAGCCUACGGCUUCAGGACUUUAAAACAGUCCAAGAAUAUAAUUCUGCCAUGUUCAAGAUAGCAUCACAGCUGCGCCACUGUGGCGAAAAUAUAUCUGAAUCUGAUAUGAUGGAGAAAACUUUCUCCACUUUUCAUGCCUCUAACAUGGUUUUGCAGUAG